CCUGACUUUGAGAAUGUCUGUCUGCUAACAAAGGAAAUCGAGAUCAUGUCUGAACUUUGAUGAACAAUUUGGAUUGUAAUUGAAUGGAUAUUUUAACUGUGCGUUGAUGGCACAAAUUAGCUGUCAGCAAAAUAGGAUUUUUUGACAACUCUAGGAAGCUGUGUGUUAUUUACCUCUGAAGCUGCGGACAUUUUUGUACAGUGAGCAGCAUGGAGCAGCUCUACUCUAACCUCCGGGCAGAAAUCAUUUCCUUUGAGAGACAUGUGCAGGACUGCAAGGCUGCCUUUGACCUUGACACUCUGAAAAGUUUACUGGCUUUGCUCACAGAGGGUCAUCAUGGAGAGCUAGAGAGCUUGGACACUGUCCAGCAUCUAGCCAGGGCACAGAAAUCCACAGAACAAAGCGUGGUAAAAAUGAGCUUUAAUGACAGGAGUGCUGACAUUGACGGUUACAUUUCCUGGUUCUUUUCAUACCUGGGUUACCUUAGGAAGCUAAAAGAGACUUUCGAUGAAAAACUAGUUAUCCCUCUUUGUGAGAACCUUUAUGUCAAUGAGGAAGAGGAGGCACUAAACACUUCUUUUGCAUCUGCUUCAGAUUCCUCCUUAUCUUCUCUUCAGGGGUCCUUGCCCAUGUCUGGCCAUAAGAGACAGAAAGAGUCGACCAUGGAGUCAAUUACUGAAGUGGCCAAUGAGCUUUUUAGCAUUAGACGAAAGUGGGCUUUGCUUCUAGCUCCUGGACCCAUCAGAGCAGAGAACUUUAGCCCUCAGAGUGUUCCUCAUGGACUAUGGGGAACUCAGUGCUUUGAGAAGGUCCUCCGGCUGGUGCCAGAUGUCUUCUACAAGAGUCUCUUGGCCUGCAGUCUUGCUACUCAAUGGCUGGAUCACCACCAGAGGAAAUACAGUGACAGGGUUCCCCAGAAGCUCUCUACUCAUUGCAACUCUCAAGCAGGGUCAGAAAGUUUUAAAAGCCUUGACUCAGAAAGAAUGGAAAACAUACAGGUGACAUCUGGACUCCUUCAAACAGCUAGCUGGGAGAGUCAAGGAGAAAGGAUGGGGGAGAUCAGAGCCAAGCUCAGGGAUAGCAGAAUGGAGCUGAUGACGUUGGCCUGGAGGGACAAAAGAGCUAUGGCUUUGGAGAAAAAGAUUAACGAGGUCUCACAGAGGAUCCAGACCUUUCAGGUUAUGUUAGGGGAGAAGAGGAAUGAAAUGGACCUCCUCCUGCACAGGGCAGAGUGGGAGGCAGGAGACAUGGAAGAAGAGGAAAUGCUGAACCAAAAGUACCGGGAAACGGCUGCCCAGGUUCAGGUUCUGGAAAAGCACCUGAAACUAGAGGAAUACCGUCAGAAAAUCCUGAAAGGAGACUGGAUGCUUGAGCUGGAAAUCCGGCCAGCUCUUAUCCGCCAAAUUGAUAUGAUCCAAGAUCGCUGCAAGGAACAUGAGGAAAAACUAAAAGUGAAAGAAGGGUUGGAGAUCCAUCCUGAGUCGAUGCAGGGCAGCGACUUCCACAGUCCAGAUACUAUCUCCAUCUUUUCCAAUUCAUCCAAUGUGCUCUCUUUCAAAUAGACAUUUACAGCAAUACCUUUAUUAGUACAAUAUAGCUUAUUAUUAUAAUUUUUAUUUAUAGGGGGACUGCAAGCAAGAAAGACAAUCCUGGUAUAACAAGAAGGUUCUAUGUUAAAUCUUAUAAGACAAACAUGUUGUAUUUUGACCAAACAACAAUUUAUGACAAUGAAGUGGCACUACAAUGGCAAUGAAGAUGGUAUCACAUGGCUAAUGAUAUUUAAGCCAUUGGUAGAACGGUACCACAGUUCCAAAGUUUUGUUACUUAUACAAAUAAUAUACACAAAGGUAUUCCAGUACUAAGGUGCCAUAUCUGGAACAGUUGGAUAGUGUAUUGGGACCAUCAUGUCUUAUUUGUUGCAAGUCUACUGUGUUGUCAUUCCUGGUAAUGCUGUUAUUUCAAAUCAAUAUCUCAAAUACAUUCCUGCUAAAUAAUUAUGUAAAUUUGAGCAAUCUGCCAGCGUUAGCCAGAACCAGAGAAAAUAAUGAGUAAAACUCAAGAUCAUCUUGGUCUAAUAUAAAAACUGGGGAUCUAGCUGUAAUCUGCAAUCCAGUUUCCAUGUUAUCAGAAUGAACAGACUUAUUUCUGUCUGCUUGCUGUUUGAGGUUGUCUUUGCAUUGGACUGAUAAGGUUACUUGUUCCGAUUUGUUUGAUUAUUCAGGGUUUCUGAUAACCAUGGUUUAAAUUGAAUUAUGUAGUGAACAUUUAAAAUUAU